CCAGGCAGUUCUCUGACUUUGCAAAAGCAGUUCUAUUUUUUUAGAUAGGGACAAUUUCUGAACAAAUGCAACCUCUACCUUAAGGCAGAUUAAGGGUAGGCAUGUAGGGCUGUGGGGCAGUGGGAGGCUUGGCUAAUUGUCUUCUUUGUUGUUUUUUGCCCAGUGUUGACUUUCUCCCUUGAAAAAUCAAUAGGAACGCUUUCCUUUCCGUCACAGGUGGCAAAGUGGGAGAGAGGGGCACACUUUGGCCUGAAAUUAAUUGCAUCUCUGCUGUUUCAAGUUCUAGGAAUGUGUGUGUGUGUGUGUGUGUGUGUGUUAGAGUGAGUGUGUGUGGGUGAGAUCCUGGUGGAGAAAGCUUAUCAGUGUGACACAGCCCACAGCCCACUGCCCCUCCCAUUCCUACUCUUGUUCAAAACUGCCAACGAAGCUCAAACUUGCAAAUACCUCUCCGAUCAGAUGCCCCUGAGCAGGCCUCCCACAGCAGACAGGCAUUCAAGUUGGGAAAUGUUGGUCUGGACUCAGAAGGCUGGGACCGGCCGACCUUUUGGGUCCUGCCUGUGCUAGGCAUGGAUUUGGGACGCUACCUGUGCAAAUUCAGACAUGGGUCUCUGGGAUCCUGUGCAGAACCGGCAAAGCCCAGCUGUUGAUGCAAAUAUUUCUCAAGAAAAUUGGAUGACCCAAGAGAUCCCUAUCACUGAGGAACAUCUUCCACAAACUGAAGACAGCAUCUAUGAAAUCUCUCUUCCGAAAAUGAAGUCCAGCACCAGGGACAUUCCCUUCAAUUCCCCCCAGAACACAGAACUCAAUUAUGAAGAUCAACAUGAGCAGAGUGGUCAAACAGUGGUCUUACAACAAGAAAUGAGACCUGAGGGCAAAGAAAGUGAGAUUUUUGACUUGGGUCAACCUGAGUUGAAGGUUGAAAAUGGAUGGAAGAUGUUAGAUCCCACAGAAGAUCGAUCCUGGCGCGUGAUGACCAAAUCUAUAAAUGGAAGGACAGAUCACUGGACGCCAUCCCCAGACAGAGAAUCCAAGUUGGAAGUGCUCAGAUCUGGCUCACACUAUGCCAUCCGGGCUUACAAAGGGGAGAAGAAACCUUCCAGACUCUAUGAAGAAGAUGAGGAAGAGUUGCGGUAUCAGGUUCCCUCCCAGGAUGUCUCACCAGAAAUAACCAAAGAACUGGAAGAUGAACGGCAGGAGAUUAUCAGGAGACAAGUUGUGAGAAAAAGCAACACAAUGGCAGAAAAAUGGAGCUCUACGAAUGAGUUAGAAGCCAUCGACACGUCCUCUCUUGGAAAGGUUGCAGUAGAACCCAAAAAGGACAAUCUCACUAGCUUUGCUCUUUGUUUUGACAAUCCUUCCCCGGAUUGGGCAAUCAUCCCCAUUGAUCCUGAAAACAUAGACACAGAACAGAUAAAUUUUGCAGCUGCCCGACAGCAGUUUCUCACACUGGAGAAGACUAAUCCAAAGAUGUUGUUGGAACCCAAGAGACACGUUCCUUCUCCAAAGGAACUGAAGGCAACAAGCCACACCUAUGGGCGCAAAGAACCCCAGAAUCCUGAAAUGCCGAGGAAUGAUAAGGAGUUGGGUGAGUCCAGCCAGAGACAAUUGAGAGAAAACUCAAUAGGAGGAGACCUUCUCAUUCUCCCCCAGAGAGAAGCCCGUUCUUAUUUCGAGACUAAUUUCGUUUCUGCAGAAAAGAUGCCCUCUGGUUUGGAGGUUGACAUGAGUUUCCAAGGGAAUGUUAAUGAGAGGACAUUCAACAAAGAAUCAGGAAAUCCUCUGGCCAGAGGCCAAGAUCCUGCAAAAGAGCCAGAAGUUAUGAACGAGACCCCCAUUGAGCGGGAGAUCAGAUUGGCCAUGGAGAGGGAAGAGAACCUUUGGAAGGAGAGGGGCAUCCAGCGAAUCAGUACCAGAGAUGACCUGGUGGAGAUCCGCUCCAAGCUGCUCCUCUCCUCCCCGGUCUCUUCCUCAACUUCCUCCAGGAAAGGGAAGGAUAAACCUCACACUUCCUUUUAUGUCCUGAGGGAGAUUGAGCAGGAAGCCAAGCGUGAGGAGGACCUGCAAAAGGAAGGGAGGUUGCUGGGAAUGUAUGACCGAGGGCUUCGCCAAGAGCUUGCAGAACGUCGAAAAGUUUUUGAGCGGGAGGAGGAAGAGGUUCCCCUGCCUCCUCUGGGCAAGCAAAAGAAACAGGGGGAGCUGCUGGAGACCCUCCACGGAAACUCUGCAACACUCUGUCGCAAUGUUGUCCCACCCGGAGAGGACAGAGAAAGAACUGCAAGCCAGAAUGUGAACUACAGCUCGGAGAUCCAUCGGCCCUCUUCAGUUCCAGCUUUUGGCAAGAAAACCCCAGGAAAUGAGCCAUCCUUAAAAACGUACCCCACUGAUUCUUGCGCGAAGAUGGAUCUCCCUAGCCGGUGUCCUCCCUGUAACCGAGAUUUGAAAGCUCCAAGAGACAAGUUCGUGUUAAAGAAGCAACAUUUUGCCAUUCCGGUUCGCAAAUUACAGUUCUCUUUUCCUGAAGAUCAGGGACCCCGAAGCCUUCAGAGAAAAGAGCACCACCCUCAGAAACCAGCUCCACGAGAGGAGCUUUAUACUCUGAAGACAUGGCGGCCCCGGACGUCCAUCCUGAUUGACCAGGAGAUCCAGGAUGCUUUGCAAAGAGAACUGGAACUUCAAGAGCAGAGGAGAAAAAUCAGUCUGACGGCACAGGAGCUCCCAAGUUCACAGGUGUCAUCCCAAAGUUCAGCUGCAUCAGGAGAUGAUGGCAGGUACUCUGUCUCCUCUUCACCUGUUUUUGUUCCUAAUUCUCCUGUGAGAUUGCCUACUUCACCCAUCCUGUAUCGACCCGGUUUGACAACAAACUCCCCUGAAUCAAGUUUCGGAAAGUGCCAGAGUCCAAUACAAUGCAGGAUAAGACCAAAGGAAGAUGGGAAGUAUGCUGGUAUUGAACUCAACGAUGAGAUUGACACUGAGGUUGUGGAAUCCGUCAAGCCGAUCUGCCGGAGGGGCGCCCUGGCUCAACUUUGGGAAACGGGGCAGAUCCGGAACAUAGACGAUGACAGUGACUGAUGAAACCAUCCCCCGUUGUGUUAUGCCGUUCAAGCAAGGAAUCAGAUCCGCCAAAACAACUACGGGCAGGAUGCCAGCGGAGCUUUCUUCUGCAUUUGACACGUUGAAAACUCCCCUUCUCUUUUAAUUUAAUUCAGCGAUCCAAUCUUUCUGAAUGACCUACAUUCAAUCACAGAACUGUGUUUUCAAUUCUAAGAAGUUGCCCAUGGCACGGUAUGAUCUGAUUUUGCCAACAGUUUCUGGAGUACCCAUUUCUGCCUCAAGCCUGCUACCGGAUUUGGCACCUGCCUGAAGACUCAGGUCGCCUGAAACCCAGAGAAAAGCUUUGUAAAAUCAGAGAAUAUGACUGCCAAGCAAUAUUUUAAUCUCUGUACUUUUCAGUGAAGCACUGACUGGUGGAAAAUAAAAAAGGUGGCAAGAAGAAACCAAUCAACCAACAUUGAAAUGAAUUGCUCAGCUUCUGAUGCAUGGACUUCCUCACCUCUUAAAUUUUAACUUCUUAGGAAUAUUUCAAUAGUUGGACAUUGGGCAAUUAGGUUGCAUCUCUGUGUUUAUGUUUCUGGGCAUAUUGUGUCUUGAUUUAUUGAGAGCACUAAAAUUCCCAGUUGGAAAGAAUAUACCAAUGCAUUUAGAAAGUACAAGUUAAGGAAGAUUAGUUUACAGGCAGGCAAGCAUGUGUCAAAUUAACUUUGUUCUGCUUUACCAAUUAUGCCCUCUUAAUUUAUGGUUCAGUGUAUUGUGCAACUCUCCAAAAAUGGAUUAAGCAGGUAACAUGAAGACAGGAUUGUACGAAGCUGUGUGCAUUAGCAGCCGCAGCUGAAAGUUUCAAAGAGAAUCCUUGUUUCUUUGCAAGGAAAAAUAUAGCCAUGGACCUCCUGCAUUUUGUAUAUUAUUAUAGUGCUUCCCAAUAGAGAGUGCCUAACCUUUUCUGUCUAAAGACAUUCUGCAGCUCUUCCCAUUCUGUCAACAGAUUUUCUGUCUUAAGAAAAAAGACUGAAAAGUUAGAAGGAUUAUAAACAAAGAUGACUUUGCCUACUUAUGCAAUAAUUUUGUCUCCAUUAUGGUUUUAUGAGAAGUCCAGGGCAUUCCCCCCACCCCCCAUUUGUUAUCCUUUUCCCAUGGCUUCUUCCAUCUCUUUUCUUGCCUCAUAAACAAAAUGUUAAUGUGGAGAAAAUGGGAUUGUAGCAAAAAGGAAGUCAACAAAAUUGAGAGACUUAGGUUAAACAGAUUUAACCUAGCAUUAAGUUGUUCAUCCAGGAGGAACGUAACAUUCUCCCAAGUGGAUAAACAUAAGAAAAACUAUCUGUGUACUUUUGUGGGAUCAACUACAUUUUCUUUCUUCUUUUCUUGGAUUUAUUCACCAAAAUGACCAUCCUUGUUCAGUUUACAGAGUCCGAGUACACCCAGCUAAGAUUUCACCCUGAAAUCUUAGAUGGUCUUUCCUCGAAAACAAAUUAUAAAUCACUGAAUUAGUGAUCCCCCUUUAAAAAAUGCCAACUAAAUUAAGUAUCUUGGAGGCUGAACUCUUAACCUUAACUCCUCUCUACUAGCACAUGCCCUUUUCCCCCCAACCAAAAUAAAAUAUCAGCCUGCUACAGCUUU